AUGGACGAUAAUGAAGUACUUACGACUCUUCCUCGAAGGAAAAGGAACAGGACUGACUCAAAUGUUGAAAGGCAUAAUGCAAGUAAUGAGACAGAGAAUAUUGGAGAAAAGCAACAUCGCCAACAAGAAAAGAGUGCACUGCAUAAAAAUUUCAAGGAAUUCAAAAAGUUGGCUCCACCAUCUUUUGAAGGACAGAUGGAUCCUUUGGAAGCUGAAAAAUGGUUGGAGGAGAUGGAGAUGGUGUUUGAAGUGCUGGAGUGCAAUGACAAGGAAAAAGUGUUCUUCGCUGUGUACCAACUGAAGGGCAAUGCACGUGAUUGGUGGAAAGCGGAGAGGAUGACGCAUGAGCAAGAUAUUACAGUUAUGUCAUGGAAUAAGUUUAAAGAUUUAUUCUAUGAUAACUAUUUCCCCACGAGGACUCGUCAACAAAAGGAGGUGGAGUUUGUAAAACUAGAGCAGGGAUCGAUGACGGUGUCAAAAUAUAGAGCCAAGUUUUUAGAACUCGCCAAGUUUGCUGGAAGAUGGAUCGGAGAUGAGGUGGGCAAGACAAGAAAAUUAGUGAUGGGUUUACAGCCUCGUAUCCGACAGAUAGUGGUUCCAUUUCAACUUACUACUUUAGUGGAAUGGUUGAAAAAUCAUUAUUGA